AUGGAAGCCACCAAAGUCGCUCUCGUUACGGCCGGUUCAGCUGGUCUUGGGGCAGCAAUUGCAAGAUGCCUCGCUAUCGACGCGAAGAUGAAUGUCAUCAUAAACUACUCCUCGAACACACAGAGAGCAGAGGCUUUGGUUAAAGAACUGCAAGGCAAUUGUCCAUCACAAAAAUUCGCCGCUUUACAGGCAGACAUAGGCGACAGAACUCAGGUCGAGGGACUGGUGGAGCAAGCGCUCUCGUCCAUGGGCCGCUUAGAUGUCGUUGUGUCCAACGCCGGAUGGACGAGGAUGACUGACUUCAUGGACCUGGACGAGGGCGUGACCGACGAGGACUGGGAUCGCUGCUUUACCAUAAACGUCAAAAGCCACCUUUGGUUGAUGAAGGCGGCGAAGAAACAUCUAGACGAUACUGAAGGGGUGUUCAUUACCACCGCCAGCGUGGCCGGCGUCAAGCCAAGCGGUAGCUCUUUGCCAUACGCUGUAUCGAAAGCCGCGCAGAUCCACCUCGUCAAAUCGCUGGCAAUCAUCGCCGCCCCGAAAGUCAGAGUCAACAGCGUUUCCCCCGGAGUUCUGUUGACGGAGUGGGGUCGCAAGUUCCCUGAAGAAAGGCUCAGAGCAGUGCAAAAGGCUAGCAAGCUGGAACGAUUCGCAACGGUUGAGGAUGUCGCAGAGCAAGUCAAGAUAUUCGCUUUAAGCAAGUCGGUGACCGGACAGAACGCGGUGGUCGAUGCGGGAUUCAGUUUAUCAAUUUGA